GACCUUAAACGAAGGCUAUAUUAUAUGUCAGGCACCAUCGGCCGAGCCGGACCACCGUCACCUUGAACGCGACCCAAGGAAUCAAAGCUGAAUGGCAUGCGGGCCAUCAAACCUCGAUAUCCGUCUUGCGCGACAUCCGAUACAUCUUGCGAGAUACAUCGCCGAGGGAAGCGAUGAGCAGUAUCCACCUCUGUUUCGCGAGUCCUGCCUCAGCAGGUGCCUCGGUUGCAUUCGUACUGAUUAGAGUUCUAGCCAGUAUUAGUCGAUGUGUGCGAAUUCCUCGGUUCGAAGACGACGUUGAUCCCUUUGCACCGCUUAUUCUAUUAUACUCCACGAGCAAACAACGUGUCAUGGCCCUCGUCUCCAGUACAGAUAGGGUGUGCAUAAGGAACAGCGAAAUCGAAUCGGACGGUGGACGUCUAUUAACCUUGCAGCAAGAAGAAUCUCAAUACCCGAAACGGACAAGAAAAAUAGAACGAAGGAUAGAAAGAAAGAUAAGUGGAAUGACACACCAUAAGUAAAACAACAAAGAGAUGCGAGUGAAGGUCAUAGGGAAAGUAUAAAAUAAAAUAAAAGGAAACGGAAAAAGGGGGGGGGAAAGUUUGGUCGAUCAACCUCGUUGGGGAUUGUAAGCUCGACCUUUGAAAACUCGCUGUCGAAACAGUUGUUUU